AUGACGUUAGAAAAUCAUCAGUGGAUGCUAAAACUACUAGCUUUCGCAACACCCACCCUCAGCCAUUACCCUCCCGUGCGCAGUCGCGCCAUAAACUUCCCUGCUUUCCCCCACAGCCCUCUGGACUUCGACCCAUCAACUGAACACGCGCCAAACGUCGCGCGCACGCGCCAAGCUCGGCCCAAUCAGAGUUCCAAACCGCGGAGUGUUCGCCACGGCGAUAAAUUAACCUCAGCGUGGCGCGGGGUCUCGAAGCCGAAUAACGGAACGAGGGCAUCUGUCGCAGCCGGAGUGCGUCCUGCCGAAGCCUGUGGUUGCACGCCCACCCUCUUAGGGGCUACUUUCAAGGAAACACUGAGUUCCGUUCCCAGAUUCACACUCAGCAUUUAUGUUUCCAUGGUGGUGCCACCAAACACAGCAGAACUGAAGAAUUUGGAAGUGCUCAAAUUUUUAAAUAACCAGAUCGAGGAGCUGCCAACACAGAUCAGCAGGCUUCAAAAACUCAAACACCUGAACCUUGGCAUGAACAGGCUGAACACUUUGCCACGAGGCUUCUGCUCCCUGCCAGCUCUUGAGGUUCUGGACUUGACUUACAACUCGAACGAAAAUUCUCUUCCUGGAAACUUCUUUUUUUUUUUAAGAUGGACCACCCUGUGCGCACUCUAUCUAAGUGACAAUGGUUUUGAAAUCCUGCCACCAGAUAUUGGGAAGCUCACAAAGUUGCAGAUAAUAAGUAACAAUAGGGAUAAAGACCUGAUCUCACUGCUUAAGGAAAUUGGGGAGCUUACCCAGCUUAAAGAGCUCCACAUUCAGAGGAACUGCCUCACUGUUCUACCCCCAGAACUAGAUAAAGUUGCUGAUGAAUGA